CUUCACUCCGGUAACUCGGUAAGUCGUCGGUGCUCGUGCAGGUGUGUUCAGUGCCUUCAGUCUGUGCUUCCGGUGUCUGUCAGGAUGUCUCCCUCCGCGUCCCCCCGCUUCUUCUCGGAGACAGAGGUGGCCCGCCACUGCACCAAGGAGUCCUGCUGGGUGCUGCUGGGGACCCGGGUCUACGACGUCACCGCCUUCCUGAGGAUGCACCCCGGCGGAGAGGCGCUGAUCCUCCGGCGGUCCGCCAAGGACCUGAGCCCGGACAUGGAGGGACCCCCGCACCGGCACUCGGAGAACGCCCGGAGGUGGAUGGAGCAGUACUACAUAGGAGAGUUAGACCGAGACAGCGGCACCGAGGAGGCACAGAUUCUGAGAGAAAGGAAGACGACCCAUGAAGAGACAGAAAAGAAGACGACAAAAGAAAAGGAAACAGAGGAUGAUGAGAAGUGUCCGUACAGCCGCUGCAGCUCUGUGGACCUGGACAAGGACCUGGUGGACUGGAGGAAGCCUCUGGCCUGGCAGGUCGGCCUCCUGGGAGAGAAGUACGACGCAUGGGUCCAUCAGCCCGUCGACAGACCCAUCCGACUGUUCGGAAACCCACUGCUGGAAGCCGGCACCAAGACCUCCUGGUACUGGGUCCCAGUGGUCUGGCUUCCUAUUGUCUUCUAUCUCAGCUGGUACUGCUACACCACCUUAGCAAAAGGCAACACCAGGAUAGUCCUCACCUCAGACUUCUCCAUCCCUGUCCAUAAGUACGUCUUCCCUCUGCUCUUCCUCCUGGGCUGGUUUAUGUGGUCGUUCAUCGAGUACUGCAUCCAUCGCUUCGUCUUCCACAUGAAGCCUCCGGCCCAUAACUACUACCUCAUCACACUGCACUUCCUUCUGCAUGGACAGCAUCACAAGUCUCCGUUCGAUGGCUCUAGGUUGGUCUUUCCUCCCGGCCUGGCAUCCCUAGUGGUGGGAACUUUCUACGUAAUCCUCCAAAACCUGCUCCCAGGCGUCCUUGGGGUGUCGGUGUUUGUCGGGGGACUCUGUGGCUACGUGGUCUACGACAUGAUCCACUACUACCUUCAUUACGGAUCGCCCAAGAGAGGCUCGUACAUGUACGGCCUGAAGGCCUACCACGUCAAACACCACUUUGAGCACCAGAGGGCAGGUUUUGGAAUCACCUCCACGUUCUGGGACCACCCCUUUAACACAGUCAUCCCAGACGAGAAGUUCUAACAGAAACCAGGCUCUAGUCCAGGGCCACACAUUAGACCCAUCAAACCCAGACCCAUAGCAUCUAACCCUAACAUUAACCCUAACCCCAACCCUAACCCACGGAGGAAGCCCCCCCCCCCCCCCCCCCCCC